CGUUAUAUUUAAAACAUAAAUUCUCUGUGGGAGUGAUCUCUUAAGAUCAUUUGAACACACUAUUAAAUUAGUGUGUCACUAGCAGUUCAAGUGUGUAUAUAGCCAUCAUUCUAAAAUCUAAAAAUAUAAACCAUCACAUAUAAAACAACAAAAAAUUGUGAAAAAUUUCAUAAAUUUAUUAAAACGGUUUAUCCUAAUUAAUAAUCACAAUAAUUUUAUUCAAUAAAAUUACAAAAAUAAUUGAAAAUGGAUUCCGCCAUUGAUGGUUGUGCAGUGUGUCAAAUACCGGCCACUCUUUUUUGUUCCGCUUGCAAAGUAGUCAAAUACUGUGGAGCUGAACAUCAGCGCCAGCAUUGGAAGCUGCAUAAAAAAGAAUGUCGCUGUUUUCGCAUUGAUAAUGAUGCAACAGUGGGUCGUUAUCUGUUGGCCACUAAAGAUAUUAAAGCUGGUACGACUAUAUUCUGUGAAGCGCCCUUGGUUGUGGGUCCCAAGUGGUAUUUAACGGAAAAGGAACAAGAAGUACCGGUUAUGCCCUGUGUGGGCUGUUUUACACCUUGUCGCAUGGGUGCAUAUCAGUGUCCAAAAUGCCAUUGGCCCUGUUGUUCUCCCGACUGUGAGGGGUUGGACAAUCCUAAUUUGCAUGCUUUAGAAUGCUGUAUUUUAAUGCUGGGAUCUGGACCGAAACCGGCUGGAGAUAUGAAUGCCUUGUUGGAUUAUUAUCGGUCGGAUGCUUUGUUGGUUUUGAAAUGUUUGAUUUUGCAAAGACAAAAUACCAAAAAAUGGAGCGAACUAAUGGACAUGCAAAGUCAUGAAGAGGACAGACAGGGCACGGAAUUGCAGGAAGAUGCUGAACAACGCAUUGUGUCCUAUUUGCAGCGCAAUUUUUUGCAACCUUUAAAAACGGUUGAACGACAGACCAAGAGUAAACAUUUGCCCGAAUAUGACAGCGCUAUUUUACAUCGCAUUUGUGGCAUUAUAGAGACCAAUUACAUGUGCAUUAGUUUGUCGUCUGGCUUGGAAUUGAGUGGCGUCUUCUAUACAGCCUGCAUGAUGGAACAUUCUUGUCUGCCCAAUUGUUAUUUUCAAUUUGAUCAGCACAAUGGCUUCCGCAUUUCGGUUAUAGCCGGUCGUGACAUUAAGAAGGGAGAACAUUUGAAGAUUAUGUACUCGAACAUGCUGUGGGCCACUCAAAUGCGUCAUGAACACCUCAUGAUUACAAAACAUUUUCUGUGCAGCUGUGAACGUUGCCGCGAUCCCACGGAAAUGGGUACUAAUUUCAAUGCUUUGCGUUGCGUGGGCGAUGUAAAUGUUGAAUGUGAUGGAAUACAGUUGCCUAAAGAUCCCUUGGAUAGCAAAAGCGAUUGGGUGUGCAAUAAAUGUCCAAUGAUUAUAAGUGGAGAAGAGGUCCGCUAUCUUUUAACCCAAAUGACCGAGGAGGUAGAAUCUCUAUUGGCCCGCAAACCCACCCUCAAACAAGUCGAAAGUCUUAUCGAUAAGUUGUCUACAUUUUUGCAUCCAAAUCACUAUCAUAUGUUCAGUUUGAAGCACUCGCUCAUCCAACUCUAUGGCAAUGAAUUGGGCUAUAAAAUGCAGCAACUAUCGGAAGAACAAUUGACCAAGAAACUCAACAUGUGUGAGGAACUUUAUGAAAUUUGCCAGAAAUUAGAUCCAUUCACAAUACGUCUCUCGAUUUAUGUGGGUAUAAUACUGUAUGAAAAGCAUACUGUGUUAGUGGAACAGGCUAAACGUUUGAAGCAGCAAGUAAAGGUGGAGAAAAAAUUGUAUGUGGAAGCUAGGGAGUGUUUAUUGAAGGCCUCAAAGUUUCUGGAAAAGGAAUUGGAUAAUGUGGCGGGUAGUAAACUAAGUGAUCGUGUUAACAAGGCUUUGGAAUAUGUGGAUAUUUUAUUGGUUAAAGUUUAAUAAAAGGAAUGGAAUGUCUACAAAGUAAAUAAA